UGACUUGUGUAUUUUGAAUGUAACCGGCUGAAAAAGACAACUGUCAUAGUAUAAUUUGUGCAUUUCCGUUUUUAAGGUGAUUACUUUUGCAUAGAAGCAAGAGAUAAAUAAUUCGCAAGAUGUACAUAAAGUCCAUGGUGUUGGACGGAUUUAAAUCAUAUGCAAAACGGAUUGAGAUCAAUGGGUUCGAUAAUGAGUUUAAUGCUAUCACUGGUUUCAAUGGUAGCGGCAAAUCCAAUAUUUUAGAUGCUAUUUGUUUUGUUUUGGGUAUUACGAAUCUGGGUCAGGUCCGUGCUACUUCACUGCAAGAUCUUGUAUAUAAAUCAGGACAAGCUGGUGUAAAGAAAGCCAGUGUCACUAUAACAUUUGAUAAUCGUGAUCGUAAUGCUUCACCAAUGGGAUACGAACAUUUUGAAGAAAUUACUGUCACAAGACAAGUUGUUAUCGGUGGCAAAAACCAAUAUAUGAUCAAUGGAUCUAAUGUUCCAUAUAAAAGAGUUCAAGAUAUGUUCUUCUCGGUUCAGCUUAAUGUGAAUAAUCCACACUUUUUAAUAAUGCAAGGAAGAAUCACAAAGGUUUUAAAUAUGAAACCUGUUGAAAUUUUGUCCAUGAUCGAGGAGGCUGCUGGUACCAGAAUGUAUGAGACCAAAAAGCAAGCUGCGAUUAAAACUAUUGAAAGAAAAGAUAUGAAAUUGAAGGAAUUCAAUGAUAUCAUGACUGAAGAGCUGGGUCCUAAGUUACAUAAAUUGAAAGAGCAGAGAUCACAAUACGUGGAGUUUCAAAGAAUAGAAAAAGAACUUGAACACUGUCGUAGAAUUUGUAUUGCUUGGAAGUAUUUAACAACUUUUGUAAACAGUGAGAAGGCUGAAAGUGUUCAAGCUUUGAAGGAUCAAUUAGAAACAAAGGAGAAGAGUAUAGAAGAUUUUAAGGAUGAGACCAAGACUAUCGAAGAGCAGUUGGUUGAAAUAACAAAACAAAGAGAUGCUGAAAAUGGAGCGAAGCUCGAAGUUCUUAAACGAGAACUGAAAGCAGCUGAAAAAAGGAAACACAAGUUGACAGCAGAAGCAAACAGUAACGAAGAGGCCAUAAAAGCCGAAGAAAAAAAUAUAGCGCAACUUAAGAAAAACAUCUCUGAAGAUGAGAACACCCUAAUCACGAAGGAAAAUGAAUUAAAUAAA